UCAUCACGUACCCAUUUCAUAUCACGUACAUCAUUGGAUACCUGCCACAGUAGGCGGUACGUAGCACCGUUGUCAAUGCCCAUCGAAGAGUUGUUGAAGGAACAAUGGUUGUUUGUUGCAGUGACGGAGGGGACGUUCCAGCCCCUGGAGAAGAGUAGGGUGGGGGUCCGGGUUAGGGUUUCCCGAAGCGGCCCCUCCGACUUUCUUUUACUCACACUUGCCGUGGACACUCGCCUUUGUUGUCGCCAUUUGGGUAAUUAUCGCAGUACAAACAACCCCGCAUGAAAAGGAUACCACUGGGCAAUUUUGAGUCCAGCCGAUUUCUCGAGUUCCCUUUUGUUGAAUCCAAAGAAGACCGCUAACAAAUGACACCUUAUCCAGCAACAUCAACCAGGAUAAGACCAAGUGGGUCCCCAUCACCUUCGCCAACACCACCAGUCCCAAGGUACCAAGAUGGCGUCAUCCAACCUCCACCUUACCUCAGACACGCUCAAGACGCGAUCAGCAUCCUGUCAGCCCUGGUCCAGCAACCCGAGACUAUUACGACCACCGGUCAUCGGAGGAGCAUUCAAUGGGGGUUACAGACACCCAAAAGCCCGGAUUGGCAACGCGGCAGCAAGUCAUCUUUGCCGACCAUCGACCCCGUACAUGGUGUUAUGCUACGAAGGCUUGACGUGCUUUUGGGGGAACCUCCAGAAAUGGCACGAGAUGGAACGAUACACCGCGGAUACGGUACUAUCAGAAACAACAUGCAUGGCGAUAACGCGCCAGUUUGGGCAAUACAUAGGCUCAGAAGAGGGGGAGUGAUGGCGAUGAAGCAGGGUCGAUGAUGUGAUGCCGCCGCAUGGUGUGAGGUCGUGACAUGGAUUUGACUCUCGCAUGGAGGCAGGACACAAACAAAUACUUCGUGGAGUUGUUGUUGUGUCCGUGUCCUUGUGCUUUGUUCGUUUCUUUGCGGAAAAGGAGAAGCUGCAACAUCCAGGUUACCUGCUCAAAUUUACAAUGGCAAGAACAACAACAGAAGCAAACGUGAACGGCGAAGUCGUAACCGUGGUCGACAAGCUGGGUGAACUCUCAGUGUCAGAAGAGGAAGUUACAAGUGAGCCCAGCGCGCCGGGUACCCCAGAGACUUCAGUCAGCUCUCAACCUCAGUACAGCUUCGUCCCGUUUGAGCCACAUCCAGGAUACCCCAAGUCUCGCAUCAGUCUCGUGAACAGGUUCAUUGACCAACCACGAGAACUCCGAGUUGCUGUUAUCGGUGGUGGUCUUUCUGGUGUUCUUGCCGGUGUUUUGCUUCCGGCCAAGGUCCCCAACAUCAAGUUGACCAUCUAUGAGAAGAACUACGACUUUGGAGGUACUUGGCUCGAAAAUGUUUACCCCGGAGUGCGAUGUGACAUACCCUCCCACGUCUACCAGUCAACCUUUGAGCCCAAGCUUGACUGGAGCGAUCAGUUCGCUGGCGGGGCCGAGAUUCGGGACUACUGGCAAAGCGUAGCAAAGAAGCACAAUGUAUACCGGUAUGCACGCUUCCAUACCAAGGUCGAAGGCCUCAACUGGAACGACACCGAAUCCGUCUGGGAAGUAACCAUCAAGAACCUUCAAACCGGGAAGACAAUCACCGAAAAGGCGGACAGCGUUAUCACUGCCAUCGGCCGCUUCAACGCCUGGAAGCUUCCCAGCUACCCCGGCAUCGCUGAGUAUAAGGGCGUCCUCCGACAUGCCUCACACUGGGACCCGUCCUUCGACCCUUCUGGCAAGGCCGUCGCUGUCAUCGGCAACGGCGCCAGCGGUAUCCAGCUCGUCGCAAACCUCCAACCUUCGGUUGCCCGGCUGGACCACUACGUCCGCAAUCCGACCUGGAUCGCGGCUUCCUGGGCAGGUGACGUCCGGCAGGCCGGGCCUCAGCCCUACUCAGACGAGCAGAUUGCUCUCUUCAAGUCUGAUCCAGACGCCUACCUCAAGUUCCGCAAGGAAAUGGAAGACAAAUACUGGCGCCGCUUCAACGCUUUCUUCCGCGGUAGCAAAGACAGCACCGAACUGCGUGAGCGCUUCACGCAAAUCAUGCACGAGCGUCUCGCCAAGAAGCAGGAGCUAAUCGAGCACAUUGUGCCCGACUUCUCACCCAACUGCCGCCGCUUGACGCCUGGUCCCGGUUACCUUGAAGCCAUCUCUGAGCCCAAUGUGGAGUACAUCCGCACGCGCAUCCGCCGCUUCACUGAAACCGGCAUCGAAACUGAAGACGGCAAGGAGCGGAAGGUGGACGCCAUCUUCUGCGCCACGGGCGCCAACGUCUCGCAGGUUAUCCCCUUCCCUGUCAUUGCCAAGGGCAAGAACCUCCAGGAUGCGUGGAAUCCCGAGCUCAAGGGCAAGAGCGACGAGCACCACGGCUUCCCCUACACUUACCUCGGCGUGGCCACGCCCGGGUUUCCGAACCUGUUCUUUUUGCAGGGACCGCACGGCACGGGACCGAGCGGGACUGUCCCACAUAGCGCCGAGACACAGCUUACGCUGCUGGCAAAGAUCCUACGGAAGCUGGGAAGGGAAGGCAUCAAGAGCAUUGUCCCUUCCAGAAAAGCAGCAGAUGACUUUGUCGAGUACUCGGAUGCCUUCUUCUCUUCUACUGUGUUGACUGAUAACUGCAGCUCUUGGUACAACGGCGGCAGGCCGGGGGCGAGGAUUCAUGGUAUUUGGCCCGGGUCAGCGGGGCAUUUGACGGUGGUGAGACAGCAUCCCAGGUGGGAGGAUUGGGAGUAUGAGUAUCUCGGGGAGACGGGUAAUAGGUUUCAGUGGUACUUGGGCAAUGGGUGGACGAGCAGGGAGGCGGAUCCGCAGUCGGAUAUGACACCUUAUUUGAGGAGGCCAGGGGAAAAGGUGGAGUUGAGGGAUGUGCAUGAGAGUUGGUGGAAUUUGCCAUGAUUUUCUGUGUUGCUGGUUUUUUUGGGUUCCUUUUACGAGGAAACAGUCUUCGACUUUCUACGCGUUUGGUGAACAAGAGAAUGGCCGCUUGUGUGAAGUCGCUAGUGCAAUCCGAGUGGAGUUGUACAGCUUGCCAGGGCUUCACAGUCUCGAAGUUUCAAGCUCCAAGAUGAGCAAGUGCACAUGAUGAUCAGGCAGAUACGGUACGGAGGUACGACCAGCUUCUUGCUGCAUCCAAUGAGUCUUGAUCUCGGGGAAAUGGCGCCCCAUGGGUGAAAAGAAACGGCCAGCAAUCAGGUAGGUCGGGUCUAGACAACAAUUUGACCCCCACCAACAGCUCGACCACUUCCGGAAUCCUUGCCGUUCAGCACAUGCAUGCAUCUAGCGCCGUCGAGGUGUUUUGUACAUAAAAGCCAAGCAAUCUGUUCCGCG